GUUGGGAGUGACUUUCGUCGCAAGUCUCAUACAGGCCGCCGCCUUGUCGUCGGCACCGUCAAAUCUCCCAGGUGACCAUUGUGCAAUGACGGUUCCCAUGCCCAAAAUUAUGUAUGGAACUGCGUGGAAGAAGGAGCGCACAGCGGAGCUAGUCAUCCAGGCCGUGGAAGCUGGAUUCCGAGGAAUUGACACAGCGUGCCAACCGAAGCAUUAUUUUGAAAAAGGUGUGGGCGACGCGCUUGCUCAGUUGUACGCGUCUGGCAUCGUCACGAGAGACCAAAUCUUCCUCCAGACCAAGUUCACGUCGUUAAAUGGCCAAGAUACGAAUCAACCGCUGCCGUACGACCCAAAUGUCUCUCUUGGCGAGCAAGUGCAUCAGUCAUUCUUGACAUCCAUGCGCAACUUGCAGACGAACUAUGUCGACUCAUUGGUGCUCCACGGACCAUUGUCAACCCAUGAAAAGACAAUGGAAGUGUGGCGCGCAAUGGAGCAGCUUUAUCACGACGGGAAAGCUCGGCGCAUUGGCAUUUCCAACAUGUACUCCCCGGAUGACUUCAUCCGUCUCUUCCAUGCUGCGACUGUGGCGCCGUCGGUGCUGCAGAAUCGUUUUUAUGGCGAGACCGGGCACGACACGCAGCUGCGCCAGUUUUGCCGUGAGAACAACGUACAAUACCAAAGCUUUUGGACGCUUACUGGCAACUCCCGCCAAGUACGCAGUGGUGAAGUCUCAGCGAUCGCCACCCGCCUCGGGGUGACCCCAGAGCAAGUGUGGUACCGUUUCGUAAUGGCGCUCGGGAUUGUACCGUUGUCUGGCACCACGAGCAAGCAUCACAUGGUGGAAGAUCUUGCUGUCGAGCAUCUCUCGUUGUCCAAGGAAGACGUGGCGACUCUUGCCCGCUUGAUUGGCGACGACGUGUGAGUGGUUACGUCGGUCGCACGACUCGACUAAAUGUGUAAAUCGAACAGUGAGUUGUGCGUUUGUCGUCGC